AUGGCUAUGCUGGUCAUGAGCAGUACCCAAGGUCAGGGUCCAGUACAACUGGAGGAAGGGGAUCUAGUCACAGCCAGGUCAGUGAUAGUGAAGAGCACUCAGAAGCCUCACACAGGCACUCAGAAUCCACUCAUGGCCAGUACGGAGUUCAACAUGGAGAGUCCAGAUCCUCAGUUCAAGGGAGACAGGGAACUACUCACAGACAGUCUGGAGAUACCACUAGACAUGGCCAUGCUGGUCAUGAGCAGUACCCAAGGUCAGGGUCCAGUACAACUGGAGGAAGGGGAUCUAGUCACAGCCAGACAGUCAGAACAUACCACGAGAUCUGCACAGUCUGGUCAUGAGCAGUACCCUGGAUCGAGUCGUGGCUGGAAGCAUGGAAGCUAUGGGCGUGCCGAAUAUGACUAUGGUCAGUCUGGGUUUGGGCCUACUGGGGGCAGUAGAACUAGCAGCCGUAAUUCUAGCCCUUUGAGGUUAACAGAUAUAGGUACAAAUAAGCAAGUGUAUAGACAUGAACAAUCAUUUUCUAGUUUUGAUCAUAGAGGAUCCAAAGCAAUCAAAAGAACAGGAAGGCAGGGCUCAAAUCAUGGACAGUCAGAGCCAAGUAAUGGGCAAUCAAUUGAUUCCCAUAAUCAGUCUGUAUCCAGUGUAACUAGAUGGCAGAUAUCUAGUAAUGGGCAUUCAGUAGUAACUCAUGAACAUUUAAAUGACAUCCAUGUUCAAGCUGGAUAUAGGACAGCCAGAAGGCAAGGAUCUAUUGAUAGCCAGUCUAGUGACCACUUUGCAUCUGGCCAUGAGCAAUCUACAUCAGCUCAUGGCCACUCUGAAUCUAGUUCAACUAGAAUGCAGGGAUCCUACAGUGACAAUAAAGAGCACUCAGAAGAUUGGGGGAAACAGAACCACGAACAAUUAGUAUCUGGGCAUGAUAAGUCAGAGUUCAAUGCAAUAGGUAUACAUGGAUCAAGCCAGCAUCAUAUGGGAGAUACAACUGUUUAUGAGCAAGUAAGACCCAGCACAAGUUUAGCAAGACUAGGAUCGAGUCACGGACAAUCAGGAAACACUCAAAGUCAAUCUGGAUUCAGCAACAAUGAAAGACAAGUAUAUAGCCAUGGUCAAUCAAGUGAUAUCUAUGAGCAGGCAACUGACAGCAGUAGUAGUCAAAGACCCAUUUUCAAUGACUUUCUUAAUAGGCAAGACCCUACAGGAACAGAAGAGUGUAGGUAUAGGUGUUUAUCAAGCUGUACAACCACAUGGGGUGGCAGAAGGCAAAGGCAAGAGUCAGGAUCAAGCCUGUCAAAGGGCAUCAAAAGAUAUAGUCUGGAUGUGGAGGAUAAGCAGACAAGAGGCUCUGAGGCCAGAGCUUACAACAGAAGGGAGAGAACUGACUCAGGUUCCUUCUACUUAGAUAGCAACACUCCACUCUAUGAAUAUGUCCAAGAACAAAGGUGUUGUUAUGACUUUGAAUAA